AUGCCGCGGCCGGCAACAACAGGCUACGAGCGCCUCGCGCAGGCCGACCACAGCGACGACUCAGACGACGAACCGCUCGCCGCCAGCUAUGCCUCCCUCCAACCCCCGACAGCCCCGCGCUAUGCACCCGUGGGCCAGCCGCGCCCACACUCAGGCAUGGCGACUCCCAAACACGCCGGGUCAUCCGCCGCGUUCCACGAAUCGUCCCGACCGGGUGGUGGUGCCCGCCGCCGGGACCGCGGGCGGCGGAACUCGGGCGUCGAUCUCAAAGCUAUCAACGCCCGGCUCGAGCGCUGGGCUGACGAGAUCGCGUCCAAGUUCAAGCGCGGCCGUAACAAGAAAAAGGGGGAUGAGGAGCGGUUGGAGAUUCAUCACUCUGUUUUUCAACCGCCGGAGGGUGUCCGGCCGGUGACUGCCGAGAUGCUGGCCAUCCCGGAGCCAGGGUACAUGACCAAGGCCGAGUUUGAGGUUAUUGUGGAGAGUGUCAGGGCGGCCAUCCGCCAGGGCGUACAUCCCCGCAUGAUCUCACAGGGCAGUUCGGGUAGUUACUUUGCGAGGAAUGCGGACGGGAAGGUGGUGGGUGUGUUCAAGCCCAAAGAUGAGGAGCCGUAUGCGGCGGGCAACCCGAAGUGGAACAAGUGGAUUCAUCGGAAUUUGUUCCCGUGUUUCUUCGGCCGAGCUUGCCUUAUUCCCAACCUUUCCUACGUCAGCGAAGCAGCUGCCUAUGUGCUCGACGCUCAGCUACGCACCCACCUCGUCCCGUACACCGACGUCGUAUACCUCUCCUCCAAGUCCUUCCACUACCCGUUCUGGGACCGGCAUGCCUUCUCUCGGAAAAGGAAGGCCUUGCCCGCGAAACCGGGCAGUUUCCAGGUCUUCCUCAAGGGGUUCAAGGACGCCAACAUCUUCCUACGGGAGCACCCAUGGCCGGACCAAUACCUCUCCGGCUUCCGGACCACAGACCCGCACCGGAAACGCAAGCGGCGGUGGGCCGACAACUGCCGGCCGGGUAGUGCGCCCCAGGACGAUGCAGAUAGCGACGAUGGUCACGAGACGCCACAAUCGCAAACGCCCGGGCCCGGCAACUUUAUGUGGACGCCAUCGCUGAAGCAGUCCUUCCGGGAAGAGCUUGAGAAGCUGGUGAUUUUGGACUACAUCAUGCGAAACACGGACCGGGGGCUGGACAACUGGAUGAUCAAGGUCGACUGGGAGACGGAGCAGGUCUCGGUGGCAUCGGAGCCGGUCCAUCUGAACAUGGACGUGUCGGAGCCCGAGCCGGGGCCACGGCCUGUGGAUUUAUCGCAGCGGGAACCGAGGACGCGGGCGUCGUAUCCGUACCGUGUAGAGCGACCUAUGGAUGCGUCGACGCCCGUGUCCAGCGCGUCGGAUCCCAAGAUCUCGAUCGGGGCCAUCGACAACUCGCUCUCGUGGCCGUGGAAACACCCGGAUGCGUGGAGAAGCUUCCCCUUUGGCUGGCUCUUCCUGCCCGUGGACCUCAUCGGCCGGCCCUUCUCCCAGAAAACCCGCGACCACUUCCUCCCCCUCCUCACGUCCACGCAGUGGUGGAGCCAGACCCAACUCGCCCUGCGCCGCAUCUUCCAAAUGGACAACGACUUUCAGGAGCGCAUGUUCGCCCGCCAGAUCGCCGUCAUGAAGGGCCAGGCCUGGAACGUCGUCGAAACCCUCAAAACCCCCGACCACGGCCCACUCGAGCUCACCCGCCGCGCCAAGGUCUGCGUCUGGGACGACCUCGUCGACGUCCCCGUGGCCGUGCCCAUGCGUGCACCAAGCGCCGAAAUGCGCCGCCGUGCCACUGCCGAAGCCGACCCAACCGCUAACAUCACCACUACGACAAUAACAACCUCCACCGCCGGGUCCCACGCCCACAAACCCUCCCACCACCACGACCUAAUGAUCGCCGAAGAAGAAGAAAUGGACAUCGGCGCCCACGCCUCCUCAGCACCCGUCACGUCCGUCGCCGGCCCCGUCAUCGUCGACCUCCUCGGCGGCGGUAUGACCUCCCCGCCCGCCGACCUCCCACACCCGGGUCGCUUCGAACUCGCCCUCCAAGACGACGCUUCCCCGAAGAGUCCACUCUCCGCAGGAGGGGCAACAACCGGCCCCAACAACGACAACAACCCCUCGCGCCCAACCAACCCCCACGCCGCUACCUCCCACCGCUCCCUCAACCUCUACUCCCCGGAUCGCGGCCCCACACGACGUGAAAACAACAACCCCCCUCUCAGCGCCCAUCUCACCAACGGCCAUAACCACGCCCGCCGAACAAGUCUAGAAAUCAGCGGCGGGUAUUUCGCCGGUGCUACCAUCCCCAGCGGGGGAGAAGUGGCUGAUGAGGACGACGAGGAACUGGAGGGUGGUGAUCUGGGGUAUGCCGCCGCGACGGGGAUGGAGGGGAAUCGGAGGAAGGUGAUUGUGGAGCGGUUGGAGAUGGUGAAAGGGCGGAAUCCGGUGUUUACUUGGUGUUGA